CCCUCGGAAACAUGACACAGAGGCCGAGGAAUCAGACAACAGUGGAUCCUUUGUUGUCCGCUCGCUGCAGAAACAGGGAGAAAGGGAUUGUUUUGAAACCAUGGCAGAGCAAACAGAGGGAUUUCCCUCCUCCACCCAGGGCCUUCUUCUUCUUCUUCUUCUUCCUCCCAUGAAUACCAGCAAACUGGUUUCCCCUUUCUGAGCAGACAUGCAAAACAUACACACACACACACCUAUUCACACACAUACACACACACACACACACGCGUUAUUAUCUCUCCCUCACUCGUGCACACACUAGUUAAAAAAACACCCCACCCCGCUCUGCUGCCAGCUGUUUCUGGUUAGGCCUGCAGCGAAGAGGAGGAGCAGGCAGGCCGGCCGGAGUCAUGGAACGGCAGCUGGAGCUCGCUGCCCUCGGUCUGGCCCUCACUGGGUGGCUUUGUGCCAUUCUGACACGCUGCCUGGCUCUGUGGAAGGUGAGCGGCACCCUGGACAACACCACGGCUACUCUGCCUGCCUACUGGGACGGGGUGUGGCUGGAGUGGGAUCACUGGGACUUGAACCACGAUGGCAGCCUGCACUGUUCCUUCUACCAGUCUCUCAUGUCUCUUUCUGGAAGUUUUCGGACGUGGAGGGCGCUCAUCAUGGCGGCCGUGGGUGCUGGGGCUUUCGCUUCGGUGAUCGGAGCGGCGGGAGCAGUGUGGUUCCCUCAGCGGGGUCAGAUCAAAGUGUUUUCUGGUUCUCUCUUUGUUUUGUCUGGGAUCCUGCUGCUGAUCCCCACAGCCUGGACGUGUCAUCACACCAGUCAGCCACUGGAGGGGGCUGAACUGCUGAGGAGAGACUGGGGACCUGCACUGUACCUUGGAUGGAUCUCCUUUGCUUUGAUGCUGGCUGGCGGGGCGUACCUCACCACCAGGUGCCCCACAAGGGAGACCCAGGUGGCUCAGCCUGAAGGCAGCAGAGGGAGCGGGUACCCGAAUCUCCAGGAUGAAUCUAAUCACCCGCUGAGCAGGAUCAGCAGGACUGCGUUCACCAACAGCCAGUACGAGCGCAGAUCAGAGCCGAUCUGAGGGGACUGUGGUGUAAUAUUUAACAGGGUGUGAGAGUUUAAACUGGAUAAUCAUUAAUGUGUGAAAUGACUGUGGAGAGAUUGGACAGCUGAGGGAAACGUGUGGCUGCACAUGUUGAGCUGUGAUGCACUGGCUUCAAUUAGCAUGAACAUUAGAGAGUUUCAGCACAGGGAAGUGUCAUGUAGGUUUGUUGAUAGAGGUGUGAGUGAAUAGCACUUUGAAUUUUCUUCCAUUACUACUCAAUUUAACAAACUGAAUGUACUGUGUAGUAUAGUUUUCCAUUCAAUCACCAUUUCCCCCCCGGAUUCCAUAUUACUGUAGAAUACUACUUGUGUGCUUUACUUGAUGCAGUAACUGAUAUUACAACAUUAAAGCCCUCUGAUUCUUUUAAUACAGUUAUAUAUUAGAUGUGACAGAACUGAUAUUGAUCUUCAGACUAAAUGCUGUACUGCACAAACACAUUGCCCUACAUUAGAGUGAUGCAGUUUCAUGUUUGUUUUGCUUUUGUUUAAGAGUGUUUUCUCCUGAGAUGAAUUCUUCUGCACCAAAGGACACUGUGGAAUAAUAAAGCAUUGGAAAACA